AUGUUAGAUUAUUACUCCUUCAUAAAAGAAUUUCAGAUAUGGAGGCCACUCACAGCUCUGUUUUUUUAUCCAAUUGGUCCUGGAACUGGAUUCCAUUUCCUGGUCAAUUGCUACUUCCUAUACAACUACUCUCAAAGGCUGGAGACUGGUAUGUUUGCUGGAAAGCCUGCUGAUUACUUCUACAUGCUACUUUUUAACUGGUUCUGCUGUGUUGUCAUUGGCCUUUUGGUCAAUUUACCGAUAUUAAUGGAUCCUAUGGUACUAUCAGUACUCUAUGUAUGGUGCCAACUCAAUAAAGAUGUUAUUGUAUCUUUCUGGUUUGGUACUCGCUUUAAGGCAAUGUACCUGCCGUGGGUCUUACUUGCUUUUAAUCUGGUCUUGAGUGGAGGGGGUAUGAUGGAAAUGCUUGGCAUCAUGGUUGGUCAUAUAUCAUUCUUCCUCUUAUUCAAGUACCCACAGGAAUUUGGUGGCCCAUCACUUCUGACCCCUCCAGAGUUCUUGAAGAGAAUUUUCCCUGACACUCGUUAUGUAGGAGGUUUUGGUACUGCACCCCAAGCUAGGGUACCAACUCGCCCUGGUGGCACAGUCUUUGGAGGUCACAACUGGGGACGAGGACAAACAUUGGGUGGCAAU